UUAUACCUACAAAAUUUGCCAAAAUGACAAAAAAAGAUGGAGAAAAAGAAGAAAAGUAUUAUUGCGAAAUGUUCAGUAACAAAUUUUUCAUACUGUGCGCGUUCGGCGGCGCGUUGGCAUGCGGCACAACGCACACGUUCGUGACACCUCUCGACCUGGUCAAGUGCCGGCUGCAGGUGGACCCCGGCAAGUACAAGUCCAUCUUUAGGGGGUUCUCCGUGUCGAUCAAGGAAGGAGGCAUCCGGAACAUCGUCAAGGGCUGGGCGCCUACUUGUAUAGGAUACUCCCUGCAAGGAGCCUUCAAGUUUGCCGGCUAUGAGUAUUUUAAAUACAGAUAUGCGACGAUGGCUGGCGAGGAAAACGCGUUUAUAUACCGAACAUCCUUGUACUUGGCUGCGGCUGCGUCAGCUGAAUUUGUUGCUGAUAUAUUUUUAUGUCCGCUGGAGGCAACCAAAGUGCGCAUGCAGACUACUCCUGGAUACACAUCGCAGAUGAGGAAGGCCAUGCCUCACAUGUUGAGCACGGAAGGCUUUGGUGUGUUCUACAAAGGGAUUGCGCCACUAUGGGGACGGCAGAUACCUUACACAAUGAUGAAGUUUGCUUCCUUCGAAAGGACAUUGGAGUAUUUGUAUCACGCUGUUGUCCCCAAGGCCAGAGAAAAAUGCACAAAAGUAGAACAGUUGAUAGUCACGUUCACAGCUGGUUAUAUCGCGGGAGUAUUAUGUGCUAUAGUGUCGCAUCCAGCUGAUACGAUAGUGUCGAAACUUAAUAAAGAACCGGGCUCCAGUAUCGGUGGCAUUAUUUCAGAGGUGGGACCAAUGGGCAUCUGGCGUGGCUUAGUUGCUCGUAUCAUUAUGAUAGGCACUUUGACUGGCCUGCAAUGGUUUGUGUACGAUGCCUUUAAAGUUUAUACGAGAAUGCCUCGCCCUCCUCCUCCAGAAAUGCCAGAAUCACUCAGAAAGAGAUUGGAAGAAGAAGAAAAAGAAAGAGAAAAACUGAAGAAGAAAUAAUUUACAGACAAAGGGAAGUGAAAUAAUUUUAACUUACAGAAAAAGUCUGUUUUAAUAUUCUUACAGUUAACUGUCCAAUAAACUUGUGAAUGUACUUGUCACCA